UCAGGCGCCAUUCGAUCAAGCCACCAUGGCGAGCUAUUUCCCACCGAAUGCACAUCUAACAAGCCAUACUUCGACAAAAGCCUCCUCCCCAGCUUCCUCUCCGCUCUCUCCCCCGACCCAGCAGCGAUCCAAUGCGCUGUCCAACCGAUUGACAAGUGUACUUUCCGCCUCAUACGCGGAUUCAGACAUUCGUGAUGCUUUGGAGACCCUCAGUCUCCGAGGAAUCCAUAAUACUGCAGAAGUCCGAAGGCAACUCCGUCUAGACGUUCAGAAGGAAGUCGUCGACUGCAAUGCUGAGAUUGUGCGCGACUUUGGCAAGGUUGCGGAGCAACUGAAGCGGAUCGGAACGGUCAUCACCAACCUCAACCAAACGUGCGAGGAGAUGCGCAAACAUAUUGUUCUGGCCAAACAGGAUACAACGCCCGUUCUGGAAGAAGCGUCUGCGUUGAUGAGGCAAAAGACCGAGGCGGAGACCAAACAACAGCUGCUCGAUGCGUUCACGCAACACUUUGUUGUCCCGGAGGAGGAAAUUCUGGUAUUGACGGCUGCAGAGGAACCAAUUGAUGACCACUUCUUCGAGGUCCUUGCCCGAGUGAAGCAGGUGCACCGGGACUGCGAAGUGCUUCUAGGUGGAGAGAACGAGCGACUCGGUCUGGAGCUCAUGGAGAAGAGCACCAGGAGCCUGAACUCCGCCUAUCAGAAGCUCUAUCGAUGGAUUCAGAAAGAGUUCCGGUCUCUCAACCUGGAAGACCCUCGCAUCAGCAGCUCCAUCCGGCGCGUUCUCCGCGUGCUGGCGGAGCGACCCAGUCUGUUUCACAGUUGUCUGGAUUUCUUCGCUGAGGCUCGGGAUUACGUUCUCUCUGAUGCCUUCCACUAUGCUCUUACGGAUGCAGUUGCCGGAGGUGGCGGUGACCGUCAGGUGAAGCCGAUCGAGUUUUCUGCACACGAUCCUCUGCGCUACAUUGGCGAUAUGCUGGCUUGGGUGCACUCAACCACUGUUUCGGAACGGGAAGCCCUGGAAUCCUUAUUUGUUGACGACGGCGAGGAGCUCGCCAAGGGCAUCCAGGCCGGCCUAAGUAGUGAGCCGUGGUCACGCAUCGAUGAAGACCAAGAAGUCACCUUCGACGGACAGAAAGCCCUCAGCGAUCUCGUCAACCGUGACCUGGUCGGCGUCUCACGGGCCCUUCGCCAGCGAGUCGAAUUGGUCAUUCAAGGCCACGAUGACCCCGUUACAUGCUACAAGGUGGUCAACCUCCUCUCCUUCUACCGAACAACCUUCGCCAAACUCCUUGGAUCUCAAUCCAACCUGGCCGAGCUCCUCGAAACCCUGGAGAGAUUCACCUUCCACCACUUCGAAACCCUCAUGCAGGAGGAAGUCGGCAGUCUUUCGACCGAUCACUCGGCCCUCACCCCGCCAGACGAUCUCUCACCCCCGCAAUUUAUCCAAGACGCCCUAGAAUCGCUCACCCUUCUCAUGAAAUCGCACGACAUCUCCUUCGGCGCAGAGGAACUACCCUCCUCCCCCACCGACAACAACAACAAGAUCAGCACCACCCAAGAACCCACGCCCAACAGAUUCACCCCAGUUCUCCGCUGUGCCUUGGACCCAUUCCUCGACCUCGCCAAAUUCACAGCCCAGGACCUCCCUCCCACUCAACGAACCAUCUACCUCACGAACAUCCACCUCGCCACCCGCGCAACCCUCACCCCGUACCCCUUCGCCAGCGCAACCCACCUCCCACCCCUCAGCGCGACCCUCUCCGCCCUGCGCAUGGACCUCCUCUCCAUCCAACACAACUACCUCCUUACCGAAUCCGGCCUCCAGACUCUCCUCAUAGCCCUGGAACCCUUCUCUCCUCCGUCCGCCGCCCCCAAGCCCACCGACCCAGCUAAUCAACAAGCCCAACAACAGCAGCAGCCCCAACUCUCCGAUAUCGCACAGAUCACCACCCUGCCCGCCUUCCAGCCCGACGCCCUCAUCAUCACCAGCCAACAGCUCGACGACUUCCUGCCGUCGGCGCUCAUGGACGCCACGGAUCAUCUGAAGCGGGUGCAGAGCGCGACGUUCGUGAAGAGCGUGACUGAGGAGGCGGUCGAGGCGUUCUGUCGCGACUUUGAGUUCGUUGAGGGGAUGAUUAUCGGGGCGGAUGAGGCGCGGAGGAGCUCGUUGGCCAAGGGUGGUGGUCAUGGGGAUGAAGGUGUGGAUGGGGCGGAGGAGAAAGGUGUAGUCGAAGGUGGGGAGGAUGAGGAGGAGGCCGGGGAGGACGAGAAGGAAUGGGGCCUGAGGAAGUUGUUCCCUCGGACGACGGGCGAGAUCCGGGUUCUACUGAGCUAG